UCCUUCCCCUGAUACUUCAGGAACCCACAAUUCGAUUUACUUUUUUUCAUUAUUUGUUUAAUCUUUCGCUUUUUAUCAGUCUCUGAAUCGCGCUUCAUUCGGUACUGUUAUCUCUCAGUUUGUGUCUAUGACACCAAUGGGAUUUAGUGUCUUGAGUUUCUGAUUAGAGAAAUACUUAGUGAUCAAAGUUCGCUCUUCUCUGAUGUAAAUAAUUAUCUUUCUUUUCUUUUUUUUGUGUUAAGAUGAUGAUUUUUGUAAAUGCUCUGCAGAGGUCCAGAGCGAUAGCGGAGAUGAAAAUCUUUGUGCCGGUAUCAUCAUGUUCGAUGUUCUGCUAAUAGUUCUGUAUGUGGCUGCAAGUCCUAUUGUGGGGUCCAUAACAGAAUGUGAAAGAUCAAAAUAUUUGUGUUCCGGUGCCUGUCCACCUUUACCGCAAGGUAUUCAACUGAAAUCAGAAUCUAUCUGCCUGAGAGACACAGAUACCGAUGCUUGUGUUUGCUGGCUCAAUAAUCCUUCUAGUCAACUCCAAAGCGUAUUCCGAUGUGAAGCUAAAAUUAACGGAAGUGCUGCGCACGUAAUUUGCAAUGCUCAUGAAGAUUGCUUCAACCCAGAUCCAGACAGACCUGUGUGCAUGAUCAUUCUUCAGUGCAACUGUCUCGAUAUUUGGUUUCCGAACGAAAUAUUAGACGACCGCUGGAAGAGAGUGAGAGCUAUAAUACAUACCAAAGAAAUAUACAACUCACAUAACGCAGACGGAAGUUCUGUUGAAAAAGUGCAAGAGGAAGUUAGAGAAUUUAGACUGAAACAUCUGCUGUUCCUAUUAGGUUUUGUAAUUGCUCCCUUACUGUGCUGGUGUCUCCUGAAUUUUUUCCACGAAGGAAAAUGUCGUAAAAAGGCACCUAAUCGACCAGAGGCACAGCCAAUUCCUACAUCUCGAUGCUCAACCAUUGACAAUAUGAACAAUAAUGAUGAUUCUUGUGGUGAACGUAGUUGCGAGGAUGUGGUUGUGGUACCCUUAUCGCCGCCUGCUCGCUCAUCAUUCAUCCGUUGUUCCCAAUCAGUUCCCUCACUACUCUCAUCUGCUCCUGAAGAUUUAGAGAACAGUCUAGAGAACACAACAGCCCAACAGCAAACACUUCUGAAAUUCGAAAGUCCUCCGCCUUACACUGAAACUAUGGAAAGAACGUACAUUGCUGAUCUUGGACCUCCACCUGCGUAUGAGGACGCCAUUAGAGGGACGGACAUUAAUAUUCAACAAUUGUGGCAAACUGUAUUCAUUUUAGAACCCGGUGCUCCCGGUGGAGAAAGAACUUGAGGAAAAUAUUCCUGAAAAAUAUACUUUACAGAGAUAUAGGGAGAGUAGAACUGCUUGAUGAUAUCGACCCGUGAACCAAGAGCAGAUAUCUACUGUGUUGUAAGAGCAAGAUUAUGCCUAGAUCUGCUCAGCUUUGUUUUUAAAUUGGACCAGGAUUUUUAUUAUUCAGCUAUUCGGUUCAUAUUUGUUAAAGUUGUGCCAAUUUUUUUAUAGUUCAUUGAAAUAGUCACGUGUUUCAAAU